UAGUAGUACUAGUAGAACUUGUAGAAGCAGGAGUCGUUUGCAAGCUAGCUAGCUUCAUUGAAACAUCAAUCACUGAACGAACAGUUUUAGUCGACAGCUUCCACGGCUUCUUUCCAGGGUCCAGUUCCUCUCUAGAGCUACGCUGUGGCUCCAGGGCCUCGGCAAACAGCCAACUUCUUCGCCCAAGCUUAUUGCAGUAAGAAAGGCUAGGAAGUAGUUUGUAAGGAGGUGCAGUGUGUACCCGCCAGAAGUGGGGAAGCAAGGCGAAGCAACUGAUUUCGGUAAUCUGAUAGAUCACCACUUGCUGUAAGUACAAGACAAUGUCACUGCCAAUGGCUUCGUUGUCCAUCUCGGGCAAAGCUGUUCAUGGCAGGCCGCCGGGCCGCACUGCAGGCGGGCUGGGCAAGCCAUUGCCGUCGACGAAAGGAAGGGCGCUCGCUAGCACCUCAAAGCAGCCAAGCAGCGGCGUGUCCACGUCCGUAGGGACUCCUAGCUGCAGCAGCGACGCCAGCAGCAGUUCUGCUCAGUCCACAUCGGCCGGUGUGGGUCGAGCACCGCAGGCCGGCGAGCCUCAGGCGUCUUGCUCUGCUUCGGCGACAGCAUCGACCAGCUCAGCAACAGCGCGGUCCAGUUCGCAUGACAUCGGUAUAGUGCGCCGACCCGGCAUGGCCCCGGCGGCUGCCACAGCACCGAAACGACGAGCGGCGACUGUGACGGCACCACAGCCCAAGAGCAUGAAACGAGGAAAAGUCUGGAACGAGGAAGUCGAAGACGCAUUCCGGUUUCAGCUGGCUGGCUUUCGCGAUGCCACCGAGUAUGAGCAUUUUCACGGUGGAGAUCUGCCGGAUCGCUGGCCCAACGGCUUGGUGAAAGUUCUGAAGCUGAAGAGCGGCUACUUCUACUGCUAUAACCGUAAUCGUGAGUGUGCCCACAAGGACAUCCACUGCACCAAGAUCUACAGCUACUAGGUGCACGAUGUACACAUGAGCUGCUUGUGAUCAGCCAUGCAUGACUUCUGCACAUUGUCAACUGUGGCCAUGAAGUAACAGGUGAGAGUAGUCUUCCGAUCCAGCACUCUGCUGGUCCCGUUAAAAAAAUGUUCACUUCAAACCUUUUUCAGUACGUCGAGCCUGGCCGUCUCAAUUGCAAGCCCCCUCGAUGUACGUCAAGACUGGCCGUCUCAAUUGCAAGCCCCCUCGGUGUAUGCAGGUCGACUGGAGUAGGGAUUAUGAAACAUGUGAAGGGCAGAACUAAUGCCAGACGGACGUGUGCUCAGAUAGAGAGGCCUAACCUAACAUGAAUGACCUCAUCGGUUACUCCAUGUUUCAUUGUAUACGCUGGUAGCAUCAUGCCAUUCUCGAGUACAGUGCUUUUCUUGUAGCUCUACUGUAGCCAGCAUGUGUAUGAUAUUCUCGCUCCUACUUUAGCUAUAAUGUACUCGAAGUAUGUGAUAUUCUCGCAUGCAGUUACUUGCAUAUAAAUCUAGGUCUAAUGCAGCUAGCACUUUCAGUAUAUAACGCUCAGCAUAUAGCAACGGGCAUCGACUUUUAAAUUCUUGCACUAACCCCCCACCACCACCAGGGGGACUGCCAACACAUCAUUAUCUGCUAGUUGUUUACUUCCAUCUCUACACUUUUGAGUGCUUUGGUGUGAAGGCACUGCUUGUUGAUCAAGUCUUGAGACUUUCUACUUUGUAUAAUGUGCUGGUUUGACAAAUCUUCCCAUCUACGUCUUUGGCUUUUCAUCUAUUGUGGUGACAGUACUCAUCUGUUUCCCUUGAUAACGCUGCACCUUUUUUUCUUUUUGUCACAUGUACGCAAACCCUUUCUGUAUGCAAUUGUCAGCUGAUUUCUCUCUCUCUCUCUCUCUCUCUCUCUCUCUCUCUCUCUCUCUCUCUCUCUCUCUCUCUCUCUCUCUCUCUCUCUCUCGCUCUCUCUUGCUCGCUCUCUCUUGCUCGCUCUCGCUCUCUCACUCUCUCUCGCUCUCUGUCUCGCGCACUCUCUCUCUCGCUCUUGCGCACGCACUCUCCCUAUCUCGACCGACCGACCGACGUAACAUUAUUUACAAAUUGACCCUACUCCUGGCUGGACCAGUGCAAAGUUACCAUUAUGCGUACCUGUACGGUACACAUCUGCACGCACACACAGAGCCAAUUAGUCAGUUCUUCAAUUU